AUGAAACUCACUCACCAGGAAAUUAGCCGGCAUAACAAUCAGGAGUCGUGCUGGGUCGCGAUCCAUGGGGCUGUAUACGAUGUCACAGAAUUUUUGGCCGAGCACCCAGGAGGUGCAGCGGUGAUUUUGCGAUGUGCGGGUAAUGACGCAACAGAAGAUUUCGACUCUGUUCAUGUGCGGGAGUUGCUGAGUGAAGCACUCCCUCAAGCCGCGCUCCAAGGCUAUAUUGAUGCGGCUGAAUUGGACAAGCUAAAGGAAAGGUCGGCCGAAAUGAAUGAGAAGCAAUCAAAACUUGGCAAUGACAGUCUUCCCCCAUUACGAACUCUGAUCAAUUUGCAUGAUUUUGAACGGAUUGCUCAGAGAUUGCCAGCCACGACAUGGGCCUAUUACUCAUCUGGUGCUGAUGACGAGAUAACAAAACGGAAUAAUACCCUCGCAUAUCAAAAAAUAUCCCUUCGUCCACGUAUCCUGCGGAAGAUCCCUACUGUGAAUACAAACACUGAAAUUUUAGGAUACCCUACCACCCUACCGGUAUAUAUCUCUCCAGUUGGUCUUGCGAAACUUGCCCAUCCAGAGGGCGAGUGUGCGCUGGCAGCUGCAGCUGGCCAAGAGGAACUGGUCCAAGUUCUCGCAAAUGGAUCCAGUAUGCCGAUUGAACAAGUGAUGAAGAGGCGCACCUCACUGAACCAGCCUGUUUUCCAACAGAUAUACGUGAACAAAGAUAUUCAGAAGUCUGUUGAUUUUGUACGACGAGCCGAAAAAGCUGGUGCAAGUGCUAUUUGGAUUACGGUUGACUCGCCCGUCGUGGGGAAACGCGAGAUGGACGAACGGCUCAAUCUCAAGGUCACGGCUACCGAUAAUACUACGGGGGGACAGGGAGUAGCCAAGAUCAUGGCCAGCUCAAUAUCGCCAUUCAUAGACUGGGAAAUCCUUACAUGGCUUCGUCAAUUGACAGAUCUCCCUGUUGUUAUCAAGGGAAUCCAAUGUGUGGAGGACGCUGUGCUUGCGUAUCAGCAUGGUGUGCAGGGAAUUGUACUCUCAAAUCACGGCGGACGCUCGCAAGAUACGGCACAAUCACCACUUCUGACACUAUUGGAGAUUCGAAAGUUCGCACCUCACUUGAUUGAGAGCAAAAUGCAGAUCUUUAUUGACGGUGGCAUCCGCCGAGGAACAGAUGUACUCAAAGCCAUUGCGCUAGGGGCCAAUGCUGUCGGAUUAGGCAGGCCCUUUUUGUUCAGCUUAUCCGGAUAUGGCGAAAAGGGGGUGCGACGGAUGAUCGAGAUUCUACGACAGGAGAUCGAAAUGAAUAUGGUUUUUCUGGGAGCGAGCAGUCUCGCAGAGUUGAAACCCGAGAUGGUGAAUACUAGUCGCUUGGAGAAACAUUUGAUAGGCAGUGUAAAGCUAUAA